AUGGAGUACGACCGCCGCGUCGCAGCAGGCAGGAUCAGAAACGACGAGCAUCAACGAGGAAUCAUCCAGAACCUCCAGCAUCUGCACGACGAGCUCAAGCACUACAAGGCGCGACCAGUCGUGCAUCCUAAUCUCGACGACCUCAAACCCAAAAAGUCGCUGUUCGGGUCCCUAUUUGGCGGUGGCGCAAAGAAGGCCACGAUUCAAGAUAUUCCCAAUGACUUACCGCGUGGUCUUUACCUAUAUGGAGACGUUGGGAGUGGAAAGACGAUGCUGAUGGAUUUGUUUUACGACACACUGCCUAGCUCAGUUCGGUCAAAGACGAGGAUACAUUUUCACAACUUCAUGCAGGAUGUGCACAAGCGGUUACACCGCAUGAAGAUGCAGUAUGGAAACGACGUUGAUGCAGUACCGUUCGUGGCGGCGGACAUUGCCGAGCAUGGAAACGUGCUGUGCUUUGACGAGUUCCAGUGUACAGACGUGGCAGACGCUAUGAUUCUGCGGAGGUUACUAGAAGCUCUCAUGUCUCAUGGUGUUGUGCUUGUCACGACCUCCAAUCGACAUCCCGACGAGCUAUACAGAAACGGCAUCCAGCGAGAGUCGUUCAUCCCUGCGAUCCAGCUCCUGAAGAGCCGUCUGCAUGUCAUCAACCUCGACUCGCCCACCGACUACCGUAAGAUUCCUCGGCCGCCAUCGGGAGUCUACCAUACGCCGCUCGACAGCCACGCAGCCUCACAUGCAGAGAAGUGGUUCCGCUUCUUGGGUGAUCCCGAGAGCUCAGAACCACACUCCGAAGUGCAGCGCGUCUGGGGCCGAGAGAUCUUCGUGCCGAGAGUCAGCGGAAGGUGUGCAUGGUUUACAUUCGACGAGCUCAUCGGCCGCCCGACAUCAGCAGCCGACUUCAUUGAGCUAAUGCGCUCAUACGAUGCCUUCAUCGUCACCGACAUUCCUGGGAUGAACUAUCGCCAGCGAGACUUGGCCAGGAGGUUCAUCACGUUCAUCGAUGCGGUCUACGAGUCUCAUGCGAAGCUUGUGCUCACGACAGCUGUGCCUUUGACGGAGCUCUUCGUAUCCCGCGAGGAACUGAUAGAGUCUCUCAAGCAGAAGUCUGGAGGCAAGGGCACGGACGAGCAGCAGGAUGUCGACGACGCGAUGAGCCAUCUGAUGGACGACAUGGAGCACCACGCGGCGCAGCUGAAGAACUCAAACCUCUUCACUGGUGAAGAAGAGGCAUUCGCAUUCGCGCGAGCGUUGUCACGACUAACGCAGAUGGGCAGUGUCGAGUGGGUAGAGAGGGGCAUGGGCCUGGAGAAGCACGGCGGUAAAGGGGAGCGUGACAGCUGGGCGAAGACUCGAAGUAGGCAGAUGGAGGAUAGCAUGUAG